AUUUCUUUCCGUAGAAAGUUUUAGGAGAUGACUAAUCCUUAUCCAAUCGACGGUGUGCAGUCGUACCAUGACCCGUGGUACAACUUUCAUGAUGGCUUUUUGGAAUUCAAUGCUUGGUCAGUGAAGAAGGCACUUGAAAAGCAAAAGAAUCUAGUUUUGCUUAAGGCUUUCAAAGGGAGUGACAUCAAUGUAGCAUGGUUUCCUUCGCCAUGCGACGUAAUGCGAAGGAUGGAAGAUUGGUCGGGUUGGGAUAAAGAGAUGUUUGCCGAGAACGGCUUUGUGGAGAUAUUGCGUGUUGCCAGGAUUCUUAAGUCGCACAUAGUGUUAACACCGAAGGAGCCUGCCACACUAGUAGCUUUGAAGAAGGUGAUGAGGAGGAAUGCUAGUGCCUCUUCUCGCUCAUGGAGGGGAGAGUACGGCAUUGAUUUUUCGACUUGGAUGCAGUACUUUCGAACGGGCGAAGGUAAAGAUAGCCCGUAUGUCCGUGCAGCUUUCCUUACGGCUUGGUUGAGUAAGUUUGUCUUUGGGGGCUUCCUGAACCACAAGAUUAUGGCUGAGUGUAUUCCUCUAGCAAUUCGAUUAGCUGAAAGUGUGAAGCUCCCUUUAGCCUAUCUGAUGCUAGGUACGCUCUAUCACAUGCUUGAUUUGCUCCACUUUGAUGACAUUCUCGGUGCCAACUAUUACAUCAUUGAGUCACAUGUAUGUUUGUCUUUGUUGCAAAUGUUUGCAUGGGAGAGAUUUCGCCCGUAUAAUUAUGGCCGUGUUACUAGUGGAAAGGCCUUGAAGAAAUAUCCCAUGAUGAAGUGUGGUUACACCAGUGGAACAGCUCCAUUAGCCUGCUCUUGGAUAGGAAAAAGGAAAAUAAAGGGACAAGUAAUCCUGGAAGUUGAUGGCCUUUUGGAUGACUAUGGCAGCUUUAAUUUCCAUGCAUACAAGACAAUGCCUAGGACAUUUGCUCCACCCGAGGUGAACCUCUCUGACAAGGCACUCCCAACGGUGCCUGGAAGUCAGAUUGUGGAGUUUACCAUAGGGAACUCAAGUCAUUUGGAAACGCUGGCGAUGAUAGCACCAUCCAUGUUGCCAUGCAUUACAUGGAAGGACAAUGGACAGUGCGUAUCCGUCUAUCCUCCCAUUCUUGGCAUGGCAGAGGAAAAGUAUAACCAAGCUGGUGCCGUUGGUGAAGAACUUGGGCAAGAGGCAGCUGGCAGCGUUCGAGUCGGAGAUUGGAUUAGUGCUGAAGAAUGUUUUAUGUUCCCGUGCCUUUCUCGUGACAUUGCAAAAGGAGCCGAUGAAGCUGCCCCUCUCAAGAGGUUGUUUUUGGGUAAAAGGAAGAGUGCAGCCCAUCCACCUAAGAGCAAAGCGCGUAGAACUUUUGCUUCACCAACUAGCAAUGAAAGCGAUGAAAGUUCUUGGGGCAAUCUAAAUCCUGAGGUGAUUGAGCGGAUCAAGAGAUUGAGACCCGUUCAUGGCGGUAGGCACUUGGUAGCUUCCAACGAAGGCUUUGGUCCGAUCCCCAUUCCUGGUGACGAUAAAGUUCCAUCCAAGUCUAAAGAGGCUAAGCGAGCAGAAGCCUUGCAUGAUCUUGCAACCUUCACAACUGAGUCGGCGAAUAAGGCUAAUGCCAGUGAAGUUCUACCACAAAAACCUACUAUGACUAAGGGAGGUGUGAAGGUCUCAUAUGGCACCCCUAGUGUGACAAAGAAGCUUGAAAUAGUAAAGACUCAACCAAAAGUGACAAUAUUGAAGCCAUGUCCCAUUAGUGAACUACCUCCUUUUAGGGCUAGUGACUUUGAGUUGGUUCCCGUUGGAUUUAUACCAGUGAGGAAAACUGGUGCUGCCAUCGAUGAGAAAGGUCCCUUGGUGGCCGCUCGUGCAUGGUGGUGCGAUGCCCGGUGGGCAACAACAACCAGGACCACCCUUUGACAGUGUGGGUACGACAAGAAGGGCCAACAUUUGUCAGUGGUAUCACACCUUGUCGUAUCGGAAGCCAUGGAUGCGGCUGGCAUUCCCUUUCCAUGGAGACAACUACACCCUUCUAUGUACAUAUUCAUCACUAUGGCGGAGUUUGGUUUAAUGAGAUUUACCCCUUCGCGGCUUGGCGAAUUAGUGG